CUCACGUUUGGAUUAAUGGAUAGCGCUCCGGUAGAGAAAUGGAGGGAUGCGCGAGAAACUGGUGCUAGCUUAUUAUUGUUUAAUGAAUAUAAACAAUCGUCUUUAAUGGAUCUCAAGCGUGAAUUUAUGGCUUUAGUGUUGGUCUGAUCCUAAAGGGAGUUUAACAAGACAAGAAACGCAGGAAAAAAUCCAACACGGCGAGCUGCUUCCAUUAAGACCUACUGAGCUAACUGUGUGAUUUAAGUUCUCGGCACAGUUGUCUUCAAUGGAAGACUCUACGUUCUACGUGAUCACCUAUUAGAGUCAAACUUAUCAAAGAUCAUCAUACAUAUGGAUUGCUCUAUAGAUGAACAUUGUUAAUGUGGAUAAAGGCGACAGAGUAUCUGGAUACCGGAGCAGAGGAUCCAUAGAGAAAUUUCAGGGGCGGGGGAUGCAGGGAGGAGACAGCUAUCCCGAUGGAGAAGAGGAGCGCUCCUCUCCAGGCUUCAGCAAGCGAGUGGGACAGGUGAACCAAACAAACAACGGUCAAGAGCCAGGCACCAGUGGAACCGGGCCUGGAUCGGGCUCAGAGGAGGAGGAGACCGAGGGCCGGCGAGGAGGAGCCAGCAGAGGUGAUGGCUUGGCAUGCUGUGAGGAGAGCGGUGGAGAACGUUCCGGAGGCGAGCAGGCACAGGAUGAUGUUGAUAUGAACAGCGGUCACGACUCCAGUAGCAGUAAUGAUAGCGUCGGCAGAUCACAACAUCAUCGUUCGUCCUCAGCCAUUUCCAGUCCUGGAAGCACCACAGGAUUGGGCAGCACCAAGAGCUCAAAAUCUGUUACUGGUUCCUCAUCCUCCAGUUACCACAGCGCUCAUCACACGGAGUGCAGUAAGCAGACGGAGCAGGGCCAAGAGCAGAUGCACCGAGAGGUGAUGCAGACGGUGCAGGAGAUGAAGAAAUGGCUGCCAUCUGAGAAGAGAAGCCGCAGCAAAGCCAGUACUGUAGAAGCACUGAACUACGCUCUCAACUGUGUUAAACAAGUUCAAGCAAACAGCGAGUACUACAACUUACUAAUGAGCAGCGGUCUCGAGGAGAGACGAGACGUGACAGUGUGCACCCUUGAUGAGCUGGAGGGGAUUACAUCCGAACACAAAUUGACAAACACGGUACGUCCCAACUGCAUUUCCACCGAGUUUGUGCUGGUGUUCUCACUGGUGUCUGGGAAGGUGGUGUACACGUCAGAACAAGCCUCCAGCGUGCUGCACUGCAAACGGAAGCUUCUGGAGUCUGCCAAGUUCGUGGAGCUGCUGUAUCACCAGGACGUCAACGUGUUUUACUCACACACGGCACAACCAUGCUUGGCACCCUGGAACGUGGGCAGAAGCAACGCGACGGUUCUAUUGGAAUGUGCGCAGGUCAAGUCCUUCUUUUGUCGAAUAAGAGGAGGGAAAGAUAGAGAUGGAGAGAUGCGUUAUAUUCCUUUCCGGAUCACUCCGUACCUUCUGAGGGUUCAGGGGUCAAGCGUAGAGCCGGAGCCCUGCUGUCUGGCCCUUGUCGAACGCAUCAUCUCAGGAUACGAGGCCCCUCGCAUUCCCAUAGACAAGCGUGUGUUCAGCACGACACAUUCGCCUGGCUGUGUUUUUUUAGAAGUGGAUGACCGUGCUGUGCCUCUGCUCGGCUAUCUUCCUCAGGACCUGAUUGGAACCUCAGUGUUGACCUGCCUGCAUCCAGAUGAUCGGCAUCUAAUGCUGUCCAUGCAUCGCAAAAUUCUGAAGUAUGUGGGUCAGCCUCCAUUUGAGCACUCACCCAUCCGCUUCCGGUGUCAGAACGGAGACUACAUCACCCUGGACUCCAGCUGGUCCAGCUUCAUCAACCCUUGGAGCCGCAAGGUGGCCUUCAUCAUCGGCAGGCACAAAGUUCACACUGGACCUGUAAAUGAAGACGUUUUCACUGCGCAGAGUAACGCAGAGCAAACAGCUAUGUGUGAGGACGUUAAAGAGCUGCAGGCCACAAUCUACAAGCUUUUCUUGCAGCCAGUUCAUAACAAUGGUUCCAGUGGUUAUGGCAGUAUGGGCAGUAAUGGCUCUCAUGAGCAGUACAUCAGCGUUGCGUCCUCCAGCGACAGCAACGGAAACAUCUGGGAAGAUUCACACAGACCAAUGACAAUGCAACAGUUCUGUGCUGAUGUUAAUAAAGUGAAAAAUUGGGGCCAGCCAGCGUAUCUAGGCUCUCAGAGGAUGCUCACACAUUUAGGGCCACCCACUGCAAUGUCGGGAGCGGGCACUCCUCCGAACACCAGUCUGAGAAUGGGAAUCAGAGGCCACUUUAAGAAAUCUCUGCAGGAAGCCAGAAAACAACCACACAUUCCAUCCUACCAGCAAAUCAACUGUGUGGACAGUAUCAUUAGAUAUUUGGAAAGCUGUAAAACAUCUGCUUUAAAACGCAAGAGAGAGUAUCUGUCCAUAGCUACCUCCUCAUCUUCCUCUAUGUCUGAGGAAGAUAAACCACAAGCAAACGCACACAAAGAUGCUACAAACACAGAGGAGGCUGCACUAGAGGGCGCCGGAGCUCCAGACAGCCAGAUUUCGGCCGGUUCGGCAACAACGGCAGGGGACAUCACGAUCCCCACGGAAGCCAUGAGUAUCACCAGUCAGUGCAGUUACAGCAGCACCAUAGUACACGUACCACAACCUGGCUCAGAGAUUAAUGCCUUGGAAGAUGCUCCAAUGGGCAGUGAGCCAACAGACUCUGCCCCCACACCUACACGCCCCGCCCCCAGCACCUCAUUGGCAGCUCAGGUGGAGUUACUCUUGGUGGGCCUCACUAAGGAGGUGCUGUCAGCCCACACCCGGAAAGAGGAGCAGCAAUUUGUGGACCAUUUUCGACACCGUAUCUUGCAGAGUCCCUACAGCUCCUACCUAGAACAGGACAACAGCAGCAUGGCCGACUCGCAUCACAUAGGUGAUGUCAUGCGACCACCUAACAAUCACGAACGGCCGAAACCAGAGGACUCAUCGGAUAGCUACGGCUCACAGCCGGGCAACUACUGGCCUCUUCACAGGUCCACAGGUCCAUUGCACUACACCUGGCCUUCCUCAGAGUCCUGCCAACCCACACCACCCAACCCUGGCUUUGUGCCACCUGUUCAGACAGCCCCCUACCUCAGUGUCGUUGGCCUGGAUCAGCACCCAGGUAUCCAGCCUGAUCAAGUUGUCCAACAACCCAUUCAGCCUGUGCCCCCUAUCAUGGUUGUCGUCCUCCCUGGUUACCCCUCCUACCCUGGCAUGGCUCUGCCGGUUAUGCCCCCUACAGGACCCUGGUUCAUUCCCCAGCCCUCUGUCUAUGUCCCACCUGGUGCCCCACCCAUGCCACAGGGUCGUCCUCCGCAGGAGCCACCCCCAGAGCCCUGGGACACAGGGGUUGGCGCCGCCCCAGUGGUCGUGGAGAAUCCCAACUCUUGGUGUGAGGAAGCCCAACCUACAGUGCUGUUCUCCAGUUCACGCUCCAGCUCGCCAAUCCAGCUGAAUUUACUCCAGGAGGAGCUGACCAAACCAACAGAAUCCCACAACAGCACCGGUCCAGAGAGUCUGCAUGAGCACCACGCCAAACCGGAAGUUGCUCCCAGUAAGUCAGGUAACCAAGAUGCUCAUUCUACCUCCAGCGAGAUGAUCUAUCAGAUGCUACAGGAGGAUGCCCAAUCAGGGACCGGCUCCAACGCCUCGGGCAGUGGCUCUGGAGAGUCCGGAGGUUCUCUGGGUUCUGGCUCCGGACUCGGCUCUAAUGGAACAUCCACCAGCCAUACCGGCAGCAGCAAGUACUUCGCCAGCAAUGAUUCAUCAGACACGUCGCCGAAGGAGCGGAAGACCGCCAUGGCCCAAGAAAGGGAUUGUACUGCCUUCAAGAAACACGUGGACAGCCCACUUUGGAGCAUGGUCAAACAAACUCCUGAACCCGUCAUGAUGACCUAUCAGUUCUGCCCCAGGGACCAGGCCCAGGUUCUGCAAGAAGACCGGGAAAAGCUGCUUCUGAUGCAGCCCAUGCAGCCCUGGUUCACCCAGGAACAGAGAAAAGAGCUUGCUGAUGUUCAUCCAUGGAUCCAACAGCACAUGAUCCCACAGGAGAUCAACACUCAGGGUUGUGUGAGUUGUAACCCCUCCCCGAUGGAACCAGGUGAAGAGCUGAUCAUCCAAACUGACUCUCCAAACCAACCGACUCCUGACAACUCGUCUCCAUUCGACUGUCCAUCACAGGAUGCUAGUCCCAGCACAGACACCCGACAGCACUCCCCUUUACGUCCAAUCAACACAAGCAAACACCGCCACCUCUGUCCCCUGGUGGCCUGGGACUGCCAAGCGAGGAAGGAUUUCUAG